AUGCUGAAGCCUGGUGACCCCGGCGGAUCCGCGUUCCUCAAGGUGGAUCCCGCCUAUCUGCAGCACUGGCAGCAGCUUUUCCCGCAGAGCAGUCAGCUCAAGAACAGUGGAGCCCUCGCCCAGCUCCAGCCUCCCGAAAGAGCCGAACCUCCGGCUGAUAGUCUCCGCCAGCGCCCGUCCUCCCUCUCCUCCUCUUCCUCCUCCUCUUCUUCCUCAUCUACUCCGUCUUCUUCCUCCACGUCCUCUUGCGUCGCCGCCGCAGCCUCGCUGGCCGGCCUGACCUCACUGCCGGUGACCCAGCUCCCGGUCUUCGGACCACUUCAGAGCUCCGAGCCCCCGGCUGGGGGAGCACCCGCUCCCCUACAGGGCAAGGAUUUGUGCGGGGCAGGCAGCGGCGGCAGCAAAUGCGGCGAGCGCGCUACCGCUCGGUUCCGGUGCACGGCCGAGGAGCUGGACUACUACCUGUACGGGCAGCAACGCAUGGAGAUCAUCCCUUUGAAUCAGCACACCAGUGACCCCAACAACCGAUGUGACAUGUGUGCUGAUAACCGCAAUGGUGAGUGCCCCAUGCACGGGCCCCUCCACUCGCUGCGCCGUCUGGUGGGCACCAGCAGUGCUGCUGCAGCUGCCCCUCCACCUGAGAUCCCAGAGUGGCUCCGGGACCUGCCUCGGGAAGUGUGUCUGUGCACCAGCACAGUGCCUGGCCUGGCCUAUGGCAUCUGUGCAGCACAGCGGAUCCAACAAGGUACUUGGAUUGGGCCCUUUCAGGGAGUCCUGCUCUUGCCAGAGAAGGUUCAAGCAGGAGCCAUCAGGAACACUCAGCAUCUGUGGGAAAUAUAUGACCAAGAUGGGACAUUGCAGCACUUUAUUGAUGGUGGAGAACCCAGUAAGUCAAGCUGGAUGAGGUAUAUCCGAUGUGCACGGCACUGUGGGGAACAGAACUUAACAGUGGUUCAGUACAGGUCAAAUAUAUUCUACCGGGCUUGUAUAGAUAUCCCAAGGGGCACUGAGCUGUUGGUAUGGUACAAUGACAGCUACACAUCUUUCUUUGGCAUCCCUCUCCAGUGCAUUGCACAAGAUGAAAAUCUGAAUGUCCCUUCGACUGUAAUGGAAGCCAUGUCCAGACAAGACACCCUACAGCCAUUUAAUAAAAGUAGCAAACUAUCCCCUGCCACUCCACAGCGAUCCAUAGUAUUUCCACAGACUCCGUGUAGCAGAAAUUUUUCUCUCCUGGAUAAGUCUGGGUCCAUCGAGUCAGGAUUUAACCAGAUCAGUGUCAAAAACCAACGAGUUCUUGCAAGCCCAACUUCAACAAGCCAACUAAAUUCAGAGUUCAGUGACUGGCAUCUUUGGAAAUGUGGGCAAUGCUUUAAGACUUUCACCCAGCGGAUCCUCUUACAGAUGCAUGUGUGUACGCAGAACCCUGACAGGCCCUACCAGUGUGGUCACUGCUCCCAGUCUUUCUCCCAACCUUCCGAGCUGAGGAACCAUGUAGUUACACACUCCAGUGACAGGCCUUUCAAGUGUGGCUACUGUGGUCGUGCCUUUGCUGGUGCCACAACACUCAACAAUCACAUCCGGACACAUACUGGUGAAAAGCCCUUCAAGUGCGAGAGGUGUGAGAGAAGCUUCACACAAGCCACCCAGCUGAGUCGACACCAGAGGAUGCCCAAUGAGUGCAAGCCAAUAACAGAGAGCACAGAAUCAAUUGAAGUGGAUUAA